AUGGGGAGUCUUGACCCUCACCGCUGUCGCCUCAAAAGUGGUGGGUAUGAUCUCAACCUCUUCACCAGCCCUCCCGACUGCAACUUCCUGUGCUCUGUCUGCCACGGAGUUCUCAAGAGGCCGAUGAAGUUGCCAUGCAGCCACAUCUUCUGCAAGAAGUGCAUCCUCCCGUGGCUAGCCAGACAAAAGACCUGUCCGUGCUGCAGGAAAGAGGUGAAACAGAAAAAGAUGGUCCAUGUGAAUAAACUCCAGAAGAUCAUUGGCCGCCUGGAAGUCAAGUGCAAAAACGCCAAAGCUGGCUGCCUGGUGACGUGCCCCCUGGCCCAUCGGAAGGGGCACCAGGACUCAUGCCCUUUCGAGCUGAUGGCCUGUCCCAACGAGGGGUGCACGUCACGGGUGCCUCGUGGGAACCUGGCCGAGCACCGGCAGAAUUGCCAGCAUGGUGCCCAUCAGCGCUGCCCCCUGGGCUGCGGGGCCACCCUGGGCCCGGCCGAACGUGCAAGCCGCAACUGCUACCGUGAGCUUCGCGAGGCCUGUGAGCGCAGCCGGACCCUGGUGCUGCGCCUGCUAAGGCGCAUGCGCAAGGUGUACCGGUCUGCCAACCUCAUCCGCCGGCAGCUGCGCCAGCUCCGAGAGUUCCUGGAGGAAGAUGACGCCCUGCUCUUGGGCGCCCCGCAAGAGGAGGCUGAGGCCCCCCCAGAAGGCAGCACUGGAGCUGAGAUGGGGGGGCCCAGGGCCAAGCUACCUUGUAAAUAG